AUGGAGCUUUCUCUGUAUAAGAUCUUUCUGUUCUCGUUAUGCCCUCUGACGCUACUGGUAGGACAGUUAGUAUCGUUUAGGGUACAUCUCGAGGUCGAUAAGGAUGGGUGGCUCAAUACAUAUUUCGUCAAACAGGGUUGGUUCUGGACAAGUUUGGUCGGGUGGUGGUGCAUGAUCCGGUACGGUGGAUUUGGACCUCGUGGAACAUGGAAACGAACGCUGCUGCGCUACGCGAUUCUGACCGUGUGGUGGUUCGUGUUCACACAGUCGCUGUGGUCAGAGGCGGCGCCUCUCAUGGACUUGGUAUUCACAGCGACGGGCGGGCGAUGCAGCUUCGAGGUCUUCGACUUGUCAGACUCACCCACCUGGGGCAUUAACGAAAAAUUUCACGACACAUUUUCCAGGCGUCAGAGCAGCCUCCAGAAGCUGUACAACGCGUUGAAAAAAGGUGCUCAGAACCCUCCAUCGCUGCUGCAAAAUGCAGUCUCAGAGAUUGAGUAUUGGAUCUCCGAGGGAAAGGGCCACUUGCGCGGGGAAGAUGUGACACCAAGCCAGCUUAACAGCCUCAUCGACUCUGCUCUUCACUCCUGGAAGAAAAUAAACUCCUCUAACCUGUGCAGGUCUAUGGGAGGUUACUGGAUUGGUGGGCAUGAUCCCAGCGGUCACAUAUUUCUCAUCACUUUAAUGUGUAUGUUUCUGCUCGGGGAAUUACAAGCUAUCGGCAAAAGAGCGCUCAGAGUACUGAAGACCCAUAAUAAAUACUGGCAGCAGCUCAGAGAGCAUGGUACUAGCGUUUUAACACUAGGAGGGCUGUGGAAUCUUGUCGCACACCCGCCAGCAACAAAGAAGCAAUUAUUCAAGCAGCUAGGUUUAAUACCACUCGAUAUAAGCCAGCACCUUACUCAGCUGUUUGGAGCUACAGCGAAGUUUAUCGUUUGGGAAAAUCCAGUUGUCCUACUGGUACUAUUUACUUUCCUGUGGUGGUGGAGCUUGCUGAUAACUACAAUUGCCUUUCACACAUUGUGGGAGCAGCUGAGCGGGCUUCUAUGCGCAUACAUUGUAGCGGGGUUCGUAUACUGGAAAUUAGUUUAA